UACUUUGAGUGUUAUAUAUCUUGGAUGUUAAAUACUUAGGUCCCAAUCCAAUGCCCAAAGAAAUCAAUGGAAAGCCUCCCAUUGCCUCCAGUGGCUGUUGGAUUGGUCCCUUAGAGAAUUUACAAAGCCUCUAGUAUUCUAUUUUAGUGUCAUAGUUACCGUGUUUUGAAGUGUGAGCAGACUCUAACAGACCUGCCUACCUGAACCUCUAGAGUGUUUUGGUUUUUUUUUAAAUAUUUGUGCUCACUCUGAGUUAUUUUUUCAAAGGCACUUUUACUUUUAAUAACUAAUGUAUUCUUUCCCUCUGAUACGUCAUUCAAGAUGGAAAAAAAUUAAUACAAUAAAAGAAGGAAAGAGAUUUAUAAUCUGUCAUAUAAACCAUUUUGAGUCUGUCUCUGAUCUUUUUUAAUCUUAAAUUAACUUACUCUACUUAUACACAGGUAACCAAUAUAGAUUGCAAGCUCCUCGGGGCAGGGUCUGUCUCUUUGCUAUAUGUUUGUACAAUGCUUAGAACAAUGGGGUUCUGGCCUCUAGGUGGUAUUGUAAGACUAAUAAAUAUUACUGUAUAUCCCUCUAUUAUGGGAUAAACCUGAUAAAUUAUUAAGAACGGUUGGUCAACUAAUAGAAAAUGAGAUUUCAUGCUCCCAAAAAUAGUUAUACCAUAAACAGGAUAUGUGAGCAUAUUUUAAUUAAUAUACCAUAUGUUUGGGGGUAUGUAUGUAUGUAUCAUGUGAAAAAAAUUAUGUUGUUACAAGAAGUUAUUUCCUUUUCUCAACAGAAAACCAGACACUCUCUCUCAGUAUACUGGCACCAUUCUUUUUCCAUUGGAUGCAAAGAGUAGAAUUGAGCCCCUGUUCCUAGAACAUAAUUACAGAAGCCUUUCAAUCUAAAUAUGUGAAGGCAAAGUUUGAGUUGCCCACAUAUGAAAUAACUUACCAUGUUAGGGACAAUGAGUUAUUGCCAUUUUGCCAACAAGGAUAAAAAAUGCUGUAGAGCCAAGACUAUCAAACUGCAUAAAAUAAUUUGUUUGACUUUAAAAAAAAUUGUUUUUGAUCAGAACAUGUUUAGAAAAAAUGGUAUUCUGUUAAUGCUUCUUGUAUUUAACAGGAUUUCCAAUGGAUGAAUAUUGUGGCAAGUACAUAGGGGGCAAGUGUCACUGUGUUGUGAUUUAAUCAGUUAGUGUGUUCCUUAUACAACUACAGUCUUCCUUAUACAACUACUGCCUGAUUGAGAGCUUUAAAAACAAACAAAACUGCACAGAAUUAUAAAGGUCCCUUCAAGGAGACCUACAUUUCAAUGAGUCUCUAUGAUUUUUAUUUUGUACUCAUUUUCACUUUUAAAAAAUGCAAACCUCUUCUACAGGCAUUAGUGCUGUUUUUGUUGUUGUUUUGGUUUUUUUUGUUCUCUAUGAACUGAUUCUGUUCAUGCAUGUCUCACUCCUACAUAUGACUUGUGUAGAAUUACUGUCUUAAAGUCCUAGAUAACAUCCAUUAUAAUUUUAACUUAAUCCUGUUAUCCUAAACUCAGAUAAAGGUCCUCAUUAAAGUCAGUGGGGAGCUUUGGCUGAGUAAGGACUGGAGUCAAGGUCUAAGUGGCUGAUUGCCAAAAUUAUCCCUAUAGAAGGAUUGAACUGCAUUUGAACCUGUCACCAUUAUUCUAAUGACCUGGGGAGGGAUCACAUUGUUAGUGACUGGUAAAACAUUGGAUUUUAAAGUAUUUGUUUAGAUAUGGGCCUUCUAAAAUUUGGACUUCAAUGCCAAAAAGGGUUCAUUAUUCACAUUCUUAUCUCUUAAAUUGCCAACUGACUGAACAUUGAUUACAUAAUGGUGCACAUACUUCAGCUGGGGAAGGAAAGGAGAGGGAAUUUGAAAAAAUUAAAACAUCAUAUAUUAUGGAUCCUAAAUGCAUUCGUUUCCUUACAGCAUAAUUCUGAUUGCAUUACAACCACAGCUGUUUAUCGUUCACUCUGAUGUAUUAAAAUAUUUUGCACUUUUGCUUCUCAUUUUGAUGUAUGAGCUAUUGCAAUAUCUGACAAACUGUAGAGAAAAUCAACAUUAUGCUGCUCCCCACAUGUGAAAGUGUGCCUCUGAUUUGUAUAGUAGUACUAUAGUACUUCUUUGUGUAUAAUGGUGGAGAGAUUGUCUCCUAUCUUUCAUUUUUAAAAGUCACUUUAGUUAAAAAAAAAAAAGUGACCAGUACACCUCUUCUAAAAUGGUUCAAUCUAUUAAGUUAUAAGCAUGUAGACAAUAUCACAUUGAUAUGCAGUUUUUUAGUUUAUCCCUUUUUAGUGGGACUAUCAUGUAAAUAUAUAAUGUAAAAGUGCACUUCCUAUUAUAAUACUUUAUCAGAUUGACAGUUGUAUUAAUUAAAUGUGUUCUGUGUUCGUGUAUUUAGAUACCAAAAUACAGCAUUUCACUACAUUUUAUAAAAUUGUGUUUGCAUUUAUUUAAUGUAAGGUUCCUUUUUAAAGAAUGUAGUCUUGAAUGUUUGUUCUCCCUUUUUUUUCACAUCAUUACUCUGAUACUGCUUGAUUAGCUCCCUCCCCAGUCAUGAUUGGUAAUUAAAAUAGGCAUUAAAAUUAGUCACUUAGCAAUUUUGCUGUUCAAUUGGCAAUUAAAUUACUUAAUUGCAAUUAAAGUCCUAAUUUUAAUUGGCAAAAUGAUAGAUGUAGAUUUAAGAUAAUAUGUAUAAAUACUUUAAUAAGUGUCUAUAUAAGGAUUACUUAAUUACUCAACUUCAAGUUUAUGCUGUUAACUUUAGAACUUUUAAGUGAGCAAUGAAAUUUAUAUUGCAUCUAUUCUAAGGAUAUGGUAAUUAGAUGUAUUACUUACCAUGAUAAGGGUCUUUUCUAUACAUUAUUUCUUUUAAUGGUGUGGGCUAACCAUUGAAAUAUACACUUCAUCAUAUUACAAACUAGUCAUACUUUUAGUUUUGUGAUUCAAUGUGACUUUCAUUCAAAUGGUAGAUUAGACUACUUCAGUAGGCCAAAGGUUAUUCUGUUGAACAUAAAUGAGAUUGAACUACAGUAAACCGGUCAUAAUUUCAGGUGAGAAUAACUAAACCCUAUAUUUUAUUUCAAGUUGGAAUUUUCAACUACUUAAUGGAUAUCUGUUGAAACAAAGGAUGAUUAGAAAAAGCAAACAUGUUUUAGAAAGAUUCUGAAGAUGAAACUUAAAAUAUUGUACAUGUGAAUUUUCAUUAACUUUACUUGUGGUCACUUCAGCACAACACAAGGUUUCAGUGAGAUUUACUCAACAAAUCUAUAGUUAAGAACUUAAAUCAUAUGCUAUGAAACUUAUUUGCAUUAUUUCCCUUUAUUUCAGUGGGACUAGAUAUCUGAGGUAAGCAAGCAGUUUGGGCCUCAUGUUCAUAUGUCAGGUGCCAUAUUUACAACAUAAAAAUAUUUUUUUAACUCUUAAAUUGAAAGCAUUCUCAGUUUAGACACCGUAUAAUGGAAUAAUUACUGACUGAUAGAGGUUGCAUGUUUUUAUGAGUAAUUUUGGACUUGUAUGUAAUUGUUAUCUUAAUAUUUUGGAUGUGCUAGAAUGUCUACUGUCUGCAUUAAAAGACAACUUUUAGGGGGGUCGUUUUAAGAUAUUUCUCUGUAAAGUUCUUUUUGUUCAUUCUAAACUGAUUAUAUUUGCAUAUAAUCCUAAAGAUAUGUCUUUUUUUCUGUCAUUUUUUGUUAGUUUUAGUCUAUUUACAUUCAUAAUAGAAUAUAAUAGUUUUCGACAAGUCAAAAACAAGGCAGAAAAGAAAAUUGCAUGCGAAUUGCCAAAGAUCUGGAUCAUACAUAUUACAGAAAUACCAACUUGCCUUAUUCUUAAACUGUAUCAGUGGAAAACGAUGAAAUAAACUGAUGUGUGGGUUUUUUUUUAUCUUUAAAUAUACAGACUUGAUUGCAGCAGAAUACUCAAUUUGAAGACACACAGCAAUUCUCAGAAGUCACAUAUAACUACUGGUCUCUCAAGAAUCCAAUAUAUGGGACAAAUGUUUGGCAGUAGUUUCAUAAUAAUGUCAAGCAACCUCUCUUUGCUCCAAACUCCAAGGAAAUGUAGUGCAUCACUACAGUGUUUAAAGUGGUUGUCAUGUUGCCUUUUAAAACAGAUUCCUAAAGUGGUCUUAAUGAAAAGUUAUUUGCAGUGCUGUUCUAGCUCUGUCUGUCGCAGGGUAUCCGAGAGACAAGGCAGCAGGCAUUUUCUGCGCGCCUUCCCUUCCUUUCUGCGAGCUGGAGCGCCCGCUCCGAGCCGAGUUCAGUGGAUUAACAUGCAAAGCAGGGACAAGGCUCUGUGACAGCUGCUACUAUUACCCUGGUCUGAGUAAAGCGCACCCCCACCCGCACCCUGGCUCUGCACUUUUUCUCUCAGUGGAGCACAGAGAGAAUAACUAGCAAGUGCUCCGUCAUCGGUUGUUUUGUCCGACGAUCUGCCCCUGGGAAACUGUUGUUCAGACGGUUGAAUGAAUGAAAAAGACAUUGCUAACAAAGAGCGUACUGGGCAGUCUGGAGUCCUCACUGAUUUUCUAAAAUCUUGGAAACUUUGUCUCCAUUGAAUUCCGACACUGUUCACCUUUAAUUCCCUCGAAAACGCCUGUAACCCGGCUGAAGCCAUGCCCUGUGUUCAGGCUCAGUAUGGGUCAUCGCCUCAAGGAGCCAGCCCAGCUUCCCAGAGCUACAGUUACCACUCUUCAGGAGAAUACAGCUCCGAUUUCUUAACUCCAGAGUUUGUCAAGUUUAGCAUGGACCUCACCAACACUGAAAUCACUGCCACCACUUCUCUCCCCAGCUUCAGUACCUUUAUGGACAACUACAGCACAAGCUACGACGUGAAGCCACCUUGCUUGUACCAAAUGCCCCUGUCCGGACAGCAGUCCUCUAUUAAAGUGGAAGACAUUCAGAUGCACAGCUACCAGCAACACAACCACCUCCCCCCUCAGUCGGAGGAGAUGAUGCCUCAUUCAGGCUCCGUUUACUACAAGCCUUCGUCGCCCCCGACUCCCACCACCCCCGGCUUCCAGGUGCAGCACAGCCCCAUGUGGGACGACCCUGGCUCCCUCCACAACUUCCACCAGAAUUACGUGGCCACCACCCACAUGAUCGAGCAGAGGAAAACGCCUGUGUCCAGGCUCUCCUUAUUCUCAUUUAAGCAAUCACCGCCUGGAACCCCAGUGUCCAGCUGCCAGAUGCGAUUUGACGGGCCCCUCCACGUGCCCAUGAACCCCGAGCCAUCCGGGGCCCACCAUGUAGUCGAUGGCCAGACAUUUGCAGUGCCCAAUCCCAUCCGCAAACAGGCAUCCAUGGGCUUCCCAGGGCUACAGAUUGGCCAUGCUUCCCAGCUGCUGGACACCCAGGUGCCAUCCCCUCCCUCCCGGGGGUCUCCAUCCAACGAGGGCCUCUGUGCAGUGUGCGGGGACAACGCGGCCUGCCAGCACUACGGAGUGCGCACUUGUGAGGGCUGCAAGGGGUUCUUCAAGCGCACUGUGCAGAAAAACGCAAAAUACGUGUGUUUAGCAAAUAAAAACUGCCCAGUUGACAAACGCCGCAGAAAUCGCUGCCAGUAUUGUCGGUUUCAAAAGUGCCUUGCAGUUGGCAUGGUCAAAGAAGUGGUUCGCACAGACAGUUUAAAAGGCCGAAGGGGUCGCUUACCAUCCAAACCGAAGAGCCCCCAGGAGCCCUCUCCCCCCUCUCCCCCGGUGAGUCUGAUCAGUGCCCUGGUGAGAGCCCAUGUCGACUCCAACCCGGCUAUGAGCAGCCUGGACUAUUCCAGGUUCCAGGCUAACCCUGACUACCAGAUGAGUGGAGAUGACACUCAGCAUAUCCAGCAGUUUUAUGAUCUCUUGACCGGCUCCAUGGAGAUCAUCCGAGGAUGGGCAGAAAAAAUCCCUGGUUUCACUGACCUCUCUAAACCAGACCAGGACCUCCUCUUCGAAUCCGCUUUCUUGGAACUGUUUGUGCUCCGGCUAGCAUACAGGUCCAGCCCAGUGGAGGGCAAGCUUAUCUUUUGCAAUGGGGUGGUCCUGCACAGGUUGCAGUGUGUCCGUGGCUUUGGAGAAUGGAUUGAUUCCAUUGUUGAAUUCUCCUCCAACUUGCAAAAUAUGAACAUCGACAUAUCUGCCUUCUCAUGCAUCGCUGCCCUGGCUAUGGUAACAGAGAGGCACGGGCUAAAGGAACCCAAGAGGGUGGAAGAACUUCAGAACAAGAUUGUAAAUUGUCUCAAAGACCAUGUAACUUUCAAUAACGGAGGUUUGAAUCGCCCCAAUUAUUUGUCCAAACUCUUGGGGAAGCUCCCUGAACUUCGCACCCUUUGCACACAGGGACUGCAACGCAUUUUCUACCUGAAACUAGAAGAUUUGGUGCCACCUCCAGCAAUAAUCGACAAACUUUUUCUGGACACGUUACCUUUUUAAGACUCUUCCCAUGCACUUAAAGUGAACUUUAAAGAAAAUAAACUCGACCUGUCUGAAGGGGAAUUCACCUGUGCGCAAAGCAGCACCUUUGGGUGCCAGAUUCCCAUCCCCAAAACUGUUGCUAACCUCCUGAAGGCAAAACGUGAAUGGGCAUUUUGGCUCUGGGGCAUCAAGGAUUCAGAUGAUGGACAACUUAAAUACCAUGGUAUAAGCUUUUUAUUAUCGGCUCAAAAUAUUAUUAAGAAGGACUUCUGAUUAAAAAGACGAUCAUAUUUGGCAACGCUGGGCUAAGACUCAUAUGAUGACAAAGUAUUAAGGUGACCCACAAGUCUCACCCUCUUAAAGACUAAAGUUUUCUGAUGUAAAAGAAAGCUGUAAUAUAUACUAAAAACUAAAUGUUGCGUGGGUGGCAUGAAAUUAAAGAAGGCAAAGGCUUGUAAAUUUAUCAGAUGCAGUUUGGCUUUUUAAAUUAUUCUGUGCCUAUUUAUGAAUAAAUAUUAAAAUCAAUUCUAAAAGAAAGAACAUAGAUGUGUUUGCAAAGAAAGAGUGAUACUUCAAUGAAAUGGGAAAGCAUGAUGAUUCUAGGAUGACAAUGUUAUAGGCACUUGCUAUUUCAGUAAUGUCUAUAUUCUAUAAAUAGUAUUUCAGACACUAUGUAGUCUGUUAGAUUUUAUAAAGAUGGGUAGUUAUCUAAGCUUCAAACAUUUUCUCAAUUGUAAAAUAGGUGGGCACAAGUAUUACAAAACCGAAAUCUUGGACAAAGGGGCACACUGUGUUUGUAAACACCGUCCAACAUUCCUUGUUUGUAAGUGUUGUAUGUACUGUUGAUGUUGAUUAAAAAAAGUUUAUAUCUUGAUUAUUUUGUUGUCUAAAGCUAAACAAAUCUUGCAUGCAGCAGCUUUUGACUGUUUCCAGAGUGCUUAUAAUAUAUAUAACUCCCUGGAAAUUACUGAGCACUUUGAAUUUUUUGUUUUGUUUUCUAUGUCUAAAAUUGUCGGUUAAUAUAUUAUUUUAUGUUUGAGUAAUAUUUUUAAUAUUGCCAUAUUCUGUAGUAUUUUUCUUUGUAUAUUUCCAGUAUGGCACAUUAUACAAGUCACUGCCUUUUUUAAUAUGGUGUAUGACAGUUAGAGACGCUGAAUUUUUUUUCCUGAUAAACUCUUUCUUUGAGGAAAGACAAUUUUAAUGUUUACAACAAUAAAACCAUGUAAACGAA